GACGCCCCGAGGAAGAAAUCUCGCGAUAGGAGGCUGGCCGGGGCGGGGGUGACACCUCUUCCCUCCUCCUCGCGUUAGUUCCGGUCGCAGAGGAGACACCGCCGCAGUUGCCGCCACAUCGGGGAUUUCUGGCUCUUUUCUCUUCGCCUUAAAUUCGGGUGUCUUUUAUGAAUAAUCAAAAGCAGCAAAAGCCAACGCUAUCAGGCCAGCGUUUUAAAACCAGAAAAAGAGAUGAAAAAGAGAGGUUUGACCCUACUCAGUUUCAAGACUGUAUUAUUCAAGGCUUAACUGAAACUGGUACUGAUUUGGAAGCAGUAGCAAAGUUUCUUGAUGCUUCUGGAGCAAAACUUGAUUACCGCCGAUAUGCAGAAACACUCUUUGACAUUCUGGUGGCCGGCGGAAUGCUGGCCCCAGGUGGUACACUGGCAGAUGACAUGAUGCGUACAGAUGUCUGUGUGUUCGCAGCACAAGAAGACCUAGAGACCAUGCAAGCAUUUGCUCAGGUUUUUAACAAGUUAAUCAGGCGCUACAAAUACCUGGAGAAAGGUUUUGAAGAUGAAGUAAAAAAGCUGCUGCUGUUCUUAAAGGGCUUUUCAGAGUCGGAGAGGAACAAGCUGGCUAUGUUGACUGGUGUUCUUCUGGCUAAUGGAACACUUAAUGCAUCCAUUCUUAAUAGCCUUUAUAAUGAGAAUUUGGUUAAAGAAGGGGUUUCAGCAGCUUUUGCUGUAAAGCUCUUUAAAUCAUGGAUAAAUGAAAAAGAUAUCAAUGCAGUAGCUGCAAGUCUUCGGAAAGUCAGCAUGGAUAACAGACUGAUGGAACUUUUUCCUGCCAAUAAACAAAGCGUUGAACACUUCACAAAGUAUUUUACUGAGGCAGGCUUGAAAGAACUUUCAGAAUAUGUUCGGAAUCAACAAACCAUAGGAGCUCGAAAGGAACUCCAGAAAGAACUUCAAGAACAGAUGUCCCGUGGUGAUCCAUUUAAGGAUAUAAUUUUGUAUGUCAAGGAGGAGAUGAAAAAAAACAACAUCCCAGAACCCGUUGUCAUUGGAAUAGUCUGGUCCAGCGUAAUGAGCACCGUGGAAUGGAACAAAAAGGAGGAGCUUGUAGCAGAGCAAGCCAUCAAGCAUUUGAAGCAAUACAGCCCUCUACUUGCUGCCUUUACUACUCAAGGUCAGUCUGAGCUGACUCUGUUAUUGAAGAUUCAGGAGUAUUGCUAUGACAACAUUCAUUUCAUGAAAGCCUUCCAGAAAAUAGUGGUGCUUUUUUAUAAAGCUGAAGUCCUGAGUGAAGAGCCCAUUCUGAAGUGGUAUAAAGAUGCACAUGUUGCCAAGGGGAAAAGUGUCUUCCUUGAGCAAAUGAAAAAGUUUGUAGAGUGGCUCAAAAAUGCUGAAGAAGAAUCUGAGUCUGAAGCUGAAGAAGGUGACUGAAUUUUGAAACUACACCCUCAGUAAAGCAAACAGGAGUUGUAGAUAAAAUGUCAUGUCUCAUGUGUCCUGGUUCUUACAUCUUCCUACCUCCCUAUAUCAAGCAUGAUAUAAGGGCUUUCAUGGCAAAUUUUAUUUUAACUGUUUCUAUGGUUACUGGAAAUGUUGGGUUUAGUUUCUAAAACCAUGUUUUAAGUAGCUACAGGAGCUAUAGAUUUGAAUCUAAUGUUGCAUUAGUCUUUUCAGUUAUCUUCUACCUCCUGUAUUUUCUACUGUAAUAAUGUAAUUUAAGGCCUUCCACAAUGAACAGUUCACUUUAUUCCCUGGGUUUUCUAUAUAAACAGUUUUCAAGAUAUGAUUUGGUUAAAAAUAAUUUGUUACAAAAAUUCUGUUUGCAAAUUAAACUGUAAAAGUAUCCAAAGUCUCAAAAGGCAAUGAUUUGUGUGAUAAUUUGGUAUGCCCAAAGCCCUGCUCAUCGAUGAAAAUCUCAUAUACAGUAAUUGAAUUCAUUAACAUGAAUCUUGAAUAUUUGCACCAUUGCUUGCAUGUUGAUAUUUUCUUGCAUUUUUAAACCCUGGAUGUCCUUGAGCUCAAUUGUUUGCUCUCUGGUUUUCAUUCUUUAGUAAAGCCAUGGAGAACAAGCUUGAAAGUGAGUUCUUUGGGAAAUUAUAUGUGGCAGAGGUGGGAAGAAGAAAGUUGAGCUUUUUCCCUUUGAGAAACUUCUGCAUUCAGUUUGUAUCUUUCCCAGCAAAACAGAUGGAUAUUCUUUUCAUGACAACCAUUUUCAAAUGUACCUUAGAAAUCUUGUCAUUUAAAGUAUUUUACACUUGUCAUGCACUUGGAUUGAAAGGAAAGGUUCAAAAUAGUAUGAGUUAGGGGUGCUCAGCUGACUCAGUCAGUUGGAGCAUGCAGUUCUUGAUUUCAGAGUUAUGAGUUCAAGCCCCACAAUGGGUAUAGAGAUUGCUAUUUAAAAAAUAAGUUAAUGUGCAUAAAGGAAAUGACUAUCCUAAAAACCCAGUUAUUAAAUAUUUAAGUGGUCAGCAUGUUCUAAUUGAGACUCUAAAUGUAACACAUUUCCUCUUGGCUUAAGAGUAUUUGUUGUAAAGAAUGAAGUGCUAUGGUAAUAUACUCCCACUUGAUCAUACUGGAUCAGCUUCAUUCUCUCAACAUACUUAUAGCUCCAGCAUCUGGCUAUUAUUAACAUACCCUAGGUGCCAUUUUUAAAUUGUCAUGAGCCAAAUAUCUCUUCUAUAUAAUUGAUCCAUUUAUUUUAAUGGCUGCCUUUUAAUUUCCUUUUUUCUUUUCUUGCUGCUACCCACAUAUAUAUUUUAUAUAUAUAUACACACACACAUAUAUAUAUGUAGUCAUUAGAAAAGAAGAUAUGACCACUUUGGUGGAGAUACUUCAUGUUAAAAGUGAACGUUUCGAAAGUUUUUUUUUUCCUUGAUGAAAGAAACUAACUUGGAAUAAUGCCCCUUUCAAAGGUGCCAUUCUUAUGCACCAAGAAUUUGGUGUUUAAAAGUUCAUCUUGAGGGAAAAACGUGUAAUAUAUAACCUUAUAUAAAGAAGAACAUUAUAACUGAUACCAUUGUGAAUGGGUUGAAGUUGUUAAAUGAAUAAUUUUGAUAAAGUUUUCAUGCACAGGCAAAAUGUAUUCACUAGGUUUCUACAUAGUGAUCUGCUUUUACUUUGUAAUUUGUAGUCCUCAAAAGACUUUUUUUAAAAAAUAAAGUCCAUCCUUACACUUAGGUUAUAGGUCAGUGUUCUUUAAUUUAUAUAUAUAUAUAUAUAUAUUCCAUGUUAAUACUUAGGAGUAGCUGUAUGUUAUGUGUUCAGACGUCUCUACUAUGUAAAUGUUGAAUAAUUGUCCUCAUCCUUCCACUUCCCAAACUGUAAACACCCAUACAGAAUUCUGAUGUAGUGAAAACUACAUUAAUACUUCCACAGCCAAACCAUUGCAUGUUACUGUCGUACAAAGUGUACCCUAUUUUAUUAUAUACUGUGUAUAGUGAAAGAGUGUGUAGUCUUCCAGAACUACAUUAUGAUCUUUGAUCAUAAUUUUUUUUCUUCAUAACAACAAAGUAGUAUUUACUUAUUAUGGUAUUACAGUAAAUGGUAAGUCACCUGUGACAGUAUAGUAGAAAGAAAGGGAAUGCUUCCUAAAGACAGCAGAUUUUCAUUUUGAAUUUAAGUGGUAAUUUUGGAACUCAGCUGCCAGUGCCCACCUAUGGCCUCAUAUGUAAUGCUUAAUCUAGAUGUUAAAAUUGUACUUGUAAUUAUGAUUGGAUAAAUGCUAGUUGAUUUUCCUAACUUGGUGUUAGUUUCUAAGGAUAAGUCUCUUUAGUCAUAAUUAAAUGUGCAUUUAGAAUUGAUUAUAGGUUUUUUAAUCUUAAUUAUUUUGGGAGUAUUGUCCUAGAGAUAUUUAUUCUGUUCUUAUUGAAAACUCCAAACACCAAAAAUGCCACAGGAUAUUUUGACAUAGCAUAGUGAUGGUGGUGCCUAAGAGAUGUAUCUGCUUUAUAUGUGAAAAAGAGGAAGGGUGAUUUUUCUUUUGGCCCCACUUGGCAAUAACAUCACCCCAAUUGCAAAUGCAUGACCUAAUAUUAAUGUAUCUUUUUAAAGGACCUAAUGAUAUUUCACCGGCGGACAUUAUCUUUUGUGUAUCCAUAUCCUGAGGCAGUAUUUUUUUCUGCCAAUCUUAACAGUUGGGCUUUACACUCCAGCCCACCAUAGACCACAGACAAAUCAUUUCCUGUUGGCUUUAAAGGUAUUAACAGAUUCUUGACUGUAAAUGUUAUCAUAAAUAGAAUCAUUUGGAAUCCUAAUCUAUAAAAAUCAAUUAAAAUCUUACGUGAUGGUUUAAUUAAAGUUGUUAGGCAAAACACAUGGAUAAUGGUUUUGAAAUUUUACCAAGGAAACUACAGGAGAUUCAGGAACUGACAGAAAUAUUGGUUGGCUUUAAGUAUAAUACAUGGUCAAAAUUUUAGUGUGCUUUAUUACUUGGACUACUGAAUUAAUCUUUGAAAAUUUUCCUGAGAUGCUAUUUACAGGUAGCAUGCAAAAUAGGUUAAGCAUUUCUGUGGGAAUUCUGGUUAAAUUGCCAUGCUCUGAUUUUUUUUUUUAUGUGAAGUAUUAGUCCUUUAGUAUUGAUAGAAGUUGUUUUUAUUCAGCCUACUGAGGUCUAAAGGUUUAAAAUAUAAUUAAAUUUUUCAGUAGGCUUUAUAUAAGUGGACUAGAAGAUAUAAGUACUUUUGACUUCAAAAUAAUCAAUCUAUAAUUGGCUUCUGUUUAAAAAUGAAUUGCAUUGGAUUUGUGUCUAAACCCAAUCAUGCAUGCAUAAUUGUAUGACACUUGGUGUGGAUUAGAAAGGCUUCCCAACUACCCUUUCCUUACCAACUUUUUUCCCCCUUUUUAACUGGGCAGUGAGCAGCCAUAUCAAAUCCAGUCUUGAUUUUCCAUGCAUUUAAAAUAAUUUUUUUCUUAUUCUGGGAGUGUAAUCUCACCUCAAUGAAUUGAAAAAAGGAUGGAGGAUACUUUACAAAUGCACUCAAUCACUGUCAACUGAGUAUUUUCAAUAACCUUAUUUAAAUGAAAAGCUCAGCCACUUGUGGUGCCCACUGUAGCGCCAUAGAGAAACACUGGAGUCUUAUUUCCCAGACUAUCUGGAGGGACCAGUACCUUGUCCAAAUUAUGACAAUGUUGGUGGUGGUUUAGUGCAGGCUUGGGAACUGCAUUAAAUGUAUAUAAUGACUUUGGGGUGUUACAAAGUUGUCAAAUACAAUUGAGUUGUUCUAUUUCAAGAGUUUCCAGUCAGUGUAACUAUUUUACAAUCUCUAAGGACAGAAAGAGUUUUAGACCAUUUUUUAAAGCUGAAACCCCGAAGACUGCUUUAGCGGCUGACUUAGAGGUAAACUUAUUGGGGGAAUAAGUGACCCAUUUAUAUAGACUGAAGCCUCUAUUCAAAAAGAUGUUCUGUGUUCUCUGGCAUCUUAAGAAUAUUUUCUCUGUAAAUACACCUCAUUUCCAUUCUAGUUAGGAGUAAUGGACCCGCCCUGGCAAACAGUUGAAGAACGGAGAAAACUGGAUAGCUGAUAUAUCAAAUAGUUGUUGGCACUCAGAACCACCUCAAGUACAGCCAUCCAAACCAAUAAUUACAUUGCUGCAUUAUUUCUGUGUUAACUGUGAAAUCUGCUUCUUGUCUGUACCCUUGAAAUUGAAUAAAAUUUCAUGAGACUCCUUGUUAACGUAAA